GUGAGGUCACACGGGAAGCGUCCUGAAAUUCUCAGUGUGUUGUACAAUUUAUUAUCUGUUAGAAAUAAUUGUAAAGGUGUCUAAAAUGGUACAAUGAAUGCUACUUAACAAUAUUUUUGACUAUAGAGAAUCGACAUUACAGAUGAUCGGACUACCUUAAUGCGGUCUUUGAGAUUUCAACAGUAAAUGUGCAAUUGCAGAGGACUCUUAAAGACAUUUCAGCAUGUCGUACGAUGGGUUUGGAUUUGUGGUGGAUUCCUGUCCUUUAAGUCAGGAGAAGACAACUGAGGCGGCUACCAGACUGGGGUGUGAUGAAGAUGAGAACAGACGGAGCCGUUAUGUUUGUGUUCCAAACAAAAACCUCACAGUUUUAAUAGAGUUCUGUUUUACGAAAACAAUUGUUGGAAUCUACGAAAAAGGCCAUUGUCUGAGAUCGAUAGGGAAGGGGUUUCUAGACCAGAUUAGCUGUAGUGGCUUUACAGAGGGAUGUCCAGAUCAAUAUUUCAGAAGCACAGACCUGUACAAAUAUCCAGCUUGUCUUCAUCUUAACCCAGAAGAAAGAUGUUUUAUUGCAGAGAGGUCGUGCAAUGCGUCCAGAUUUGUGGAAACAUCGACAAAUAUACUUGGAGCCUUGAAUAUGACAACUGACUACACUAGUUCUUUCAAUAGCACAAUAACAGCUGUAAACGAUGAAUUGCUAAACGUAGGAGUAAUAGCUGGAAUCGGAGCCACUGUUUCUCUUCUCUUCCUUAUUGUCUUAGCCAUUGUAAUUUGUAGAUGCCGACGAAAUCAAG